AUGAGCGUCGUAAAUACCGAGCUGCGGAGACGGGUCAUUGCCAUUUACAAGGAGCUCCUCUACUUGGGCCGAGAAUACCCCCUCGGCUACGAGUACUUCCGUCCGCGCCUACACAAGGCGUUCUCUGCGAAUGCGGCGUUGCGGGAUGAGGAGGCUAUUCGGCGGGGGAUCGAGAGGGCUGAGUUUGUGAAGAAGGGUAUGUAUCCUAUCUUUCUUUGUUUGUUCUCCGGCUCUGAGGUUCCCAUUCAUCGGUUGUUUGCUUCAGGAGUCGUUUUUUUUGUUAUUUCUCUAUACUCUUUGUGA